AUGUUUUACAACGAUCCUCCGUCUAAAGACGAAAAGGGUUGCACAAACAGUGGAAAUUCGUCGUCUGUUGACCUUUUAAAUUUUAAAAAUUAUUCACCUAAAAAACCGGAAAUUCUUUUUCGUCUUAAACGUCCAAUGAAUCUUGAUUUAUGUAAUGUUUUGGUUGAUGAAAUUACAAAUAAAUUUUCUGAUCUUUGUGACUCCAAAGAAAGAGCAUUAAAAUUAAAGGAUGAAGCUAAUAUCUAUUUUACAAAACAAAAUUAUGAUAUUGCAAUAGAGUUGUACACUAAAGCUAUUGAAUCAGACGAUACAAAUGCUGUCUUUUUUGGGAAUAGAAGUUUUGCUUAUCUUAAAAAAGAACAUUACGGGUUUGCUGUUCAGGAUGCUGAUAAAGCAAUUGAAUUGGAUAAAAACUAUGUCAAAGGAUAUUAUCGUCGUGCUGCUGCAAAAAUGGCACUAGGAAAAUUUAAAGAAGCUUUAAGAGAUCUCAACACUGUUAGAAAGGCUAAACCUAAUGAUCAAGAUGCUUUAUCUAAAUACAAUGAAUGUAAUAAAAUUGUUAAACAAAUAGCUUUUGCUAAUGCUAUUAGUACUGAUCAUGAUAAAGUUGAUAUUACUAAGACUAUUAAUGUUGAUCAAUAUAAAGUUGAAAGUGAUUACAAUGGUCCAUCAUUUGAUGAAGAGAUAACUCUUGACUUUGUUAAAGGAUUAAUUGAAACAUUUAAAGGAGAAAAGAAGCUUCAUAUUAAAUAUGCAUACAAGAUACUUAUUAAGAUAUAUAAUUAUUUUAAAGAACUUCCUUCGCUUAUUCAUAUAACUGUUCCAGAUAAACAAAAAUUUACAAUUUGUGGUGAUGUUCAUGGACAAUUUUAUGAUUUGAUGAAUAUUUUUGAUAUUAAUGGACUUCCAAGUGAAAAAAACCCAUAUCUUUUUAACGGUGAUUUUGUUGAUAGAGGAUCUUUUUCUGUUGAAACCAUUUUUACUCUUUUUUCUUUUAAAUUACUUUAUCCAAAUCAUUUCUUUAUGUCUCGUGGUAAUCAUGAAUGUGAUUCAAUGAAUAAGAUGUAUGGUUUUGAAGGUGAAGUCAAAGCUAAAUACAAUAGUAAGAUGGCUGAAUUUUUUACUGAAAUCUUUUGUACAUUACCUUUAUGUCAUGUCAUUAAUAAGAAAAUUUUUACUUGUCAUGGUGGUUUGUUUAAAAAGGAUGGUGUCAAAUUGGAUGAAAUUAUGAAUACAAAACGUUUCCGCCAACCACCAGAAGAAGGUAUUAUGUGUGAUUUAUUGUGGUCUGAUCCACAAGAGAUACCUGGAAGAGCUCCAUCUAAACGUGGUGUUGGAUGUCAAUUUGGACCUGAUAUUACAGAGGCAUUUCUUAAGGAUAAUGAUCUCCUUUAUGUGGUACGUUCUCAUGAAGUUAAAGAUCAAGGAUAUGAAAGUCAUCAUUCUAAUAAAUGUUAUACAAUCUUUUCUGCACCUAAUUACUGUGAUACAAUGGGUAAUAAAGGAGCUUUUAUUACAAUUACUGGUGAUUCCUUAUACCCACCAAGAUUUACUACUUUUGAUGCUGUUCCACACCCUGAUGUUAAAGCAAUGAAAUAUGCUCAAAAUAUGUUUGGAUUUUUAUAG